AUGAAUGGGGUCCUACCAGAUGACCUAAAGUUGGCGGAAAAACUUAAGAAGAAAUGCUCUUGGUUUGAAUUAUGGAACGACACACUAUAUAAAAAGUCCUACUCUCGUCCUCUUCUACGUUGCGUAACACCUGAAAAGGGACGGGAGAUCCUAGAAGAUCUUCACCAGAGGAUGUGCGGUUCGCAUAUUUUGGGAAGGGCUUUGGCAGAAAAUGCAGUUCGAACCGGCUAUUAUUGGCCUACCUUAGGUGAAGAUGCUCUCUCCUUGGUCAAAAGGUUUCGAAACACCAAACUCACAGACUGGCUAGUUAAGCAUGGUAUAGCCGGUUAUUUUGCUUCAGUAGGAAGGCCGCAGGCAAAUGGGAAAGUGGAAGCCUUUAACAAUAUCAUUUCUGAAGGAAUGAAGAAGAAAUUGGAUGAGGCUAAAGGAUUAUGGGAAGAUGAGUUACCAAACUUCUUAUGGUCUAUUCGCACCACGACAAAAAAACUCCACUGGAGAGACUCCGUUCUUACUGGCCUAUGGGGCAGAAGCGGUUCUCCCCAUUGA